UGUAAACCCAAUGCUAAAGUUUUUUUGUGAUUGUUCCAGACGGUUUGAUGCAAAUAUCUUCAAAAGAGGCUCACUCCUUCUCACUGUUAAGAGAGGGGAAGGAGUGUGCCAGGAAGAAAAAACUAAAAUGGAUUCUCCAGGACUCCAAUCUCAAGUGCCUCGAUGAAAAACUAAGAAGAGGAGACAUAACACUCGCAGAAUUCAUUUCAACCGCGAGUUACCGGGUGGCAUCAGAUAUCGUCGAUGCUGAUGAGGAUGAGGACAUGGAAGACGACCCGGAACUCAUCUCUUUAAAUGAGUCUGAGGAAGAAGAAGCCUCAGAAAAUGAGUUAACGGGCAGCCUGAACGAACUGAUGAACGAUGAAAAGUUCCAAAGUUACAGAACAAAUAAAAUUGUCCUCAAUGUAAACGGUAUUGAUGAUUGUCCGUCAGCUGGGUUCGUGAUGGAGCAGCUUGCUGAGCUUGAAGCUGACCUCACUGAAGCUGAGGAGGCUUGUGAGGACAGCGAUAGCACGUUGUGCUGGAACUGUGAUCAGUACAAAGCAACCCGGAUUACAAAGCAUUCCAUGUGGACAUUGGGCGGGUUGCAUCAACUGCACCACAGCGCUUGUCAGCACGCCACGACACUUUGUCUCAAUAUUAACAAAUGGCGAACAAGAAGAAGAAGAGCGAAUUCCUUUGCCAUGCAGGUGCCCAUAUUGCCAAUGCAUUGUGGGCAAAUUCUUCCGUGUUUAUUAAGAAUUAUUAUAUUGUAUUUCUAUCGGUUUUUCUUUUAGUUUUUUAGUCUUUUCUUUUAAUUAGUCUCUUAGUUUUUCAGUUUAGAUUAUUGUCAAAUAAAUUUAUUAUUAUAA